UGGACCUCAACAAAUACAAAACUUAAUUAGACCAAAUUAUGACAGGGGAUAAAACAAAUCAAAGAGCCGAAGGUAGCAUGAGUUUGAGGGUAGCGUGAGGAUGACUGGGGUAUUCAGAUUCCGAUAAAUAAAAAGCCUCUCUCUCUCAUCCCAAUUUUCUCUCUCAAGUUUUCACAGGAAAACUCUAUUUUCCCGCAACCAUUUCCAUCUAUACAUAGCACAAUCCCUAAUCGCCCACCUCUCACUCACACAUCUCAUUCCCUUCAAACCGUCGUCCCGCAAAUUUCCGGUACGGAUACUCAAUUUCAUGUAUUUCCUGUUUCUGAUACGCAGGUAGUUGCUUUUUGAUCAAUAAUUAAUUUAGAAAUGGCAAAGGGAACCAGAGGAAGGCGCAGGAUGAGCUCACGGCAAUGCAGGCCCACCCCAUACCCCUUGCCGUCUGCAAACCAAAGCCAAUGCUCGAAAAAGUGUAAGAAAGACUGGGAAGACGCUACAUGUUCAGUGUGCAUGGAAUGUCCCCACAAUGCCGUCCUUCUCCUCUGUUCCUCCCAUGACAAGGGUUGCCGUCCCUACAUGUGUGGGACCGGCUACCGUUACUCAAACUGCCUUGACCAGUACGAGAAAGCCAACACAAAAGUGAAGUCCACAAACCAAUCUGUUCAAAAUACCACAACAGGUCCCAUACUUUGCCCAGACUGGCCCGACGAGAAAUUUGAGAUCACAGAACUCGCAUGCCCACUUUGCCGCGGGCAGGUCAAAGGGUGGACCGUGGUGGAACCUGCCCGGGAAUACCUUAAUGCCAAGAAAAGGAACUGCAUGCAGGAUGGUUGUCAGUUCAUGGGGGACUAUAAGGACAUGCGGAAGCAUGUCAAAACAGAGCACCCUUCCGCUAGGCCCCACGAGAAGGACCCGCUUGUGGAGCAGAAGUGGAGGCGGCUCGAGGUGGAACGGGAACGUGAUGAUGUCAUCAGCACGAUAAGAUCUUCGAUGCCAGGGGCGGUUGUAUUUGGGGAUUAUGUGAUUGAGGGAGGCCCAUUUGGUUACGGUUCGGAUGAGGACGAUGACGACGAGGUCGGAAUAGAAGGUGGGAAUUUGAUUAACGUGUUGCGGUUUUUGCAGGCGUUUGGUUCAGCAGGUGGUAAUAUUGUUGGAGCAAACAGAGUAGCUCCCGGUGGAGGUUCUGGAAUUGAUCACAACCUUCCAGUUGUUUUUGAUUACUCAGAACAAGAGAGUGAUGAUGGUGAAUAUGAUAAUAGUACGUCGUUGGUCGGGCGGCUUCGCCGUCACAGAGGGAUCCUCUUGGGACGUGCUGGAAGGAGACGAAGGCAUCGGGAGGUCAACAGUGGUGGCCGGAGGUAGAUCACCACUUGUCGUUUUAUUAUUGACCGUUGAAACGGGGAAGGAGAAAAUAAAACAUUCUCAAAAAGAAUUCUAGGGGUGUUAGUUUAAACUUCUGUAUAAUUCAUGUGCAACUAUUAUUAAUAUUAUUAUCUCAUCAUUGAUGUUUCAAUACUUGAUGAAUUUGUAUGAUAAGUUUGGUUGAGAGGUCCACAGCAUUUGGAGAUUGGAGGGUUCCCCAAGAACUCUGGGAUUUUCGUUGCUCGAACACAUGCAUUUUCUUGUCCAUUUAAGAAGAAAUGAAUGAAUGCAUUAUGCAAGUGGUUUGUGUGUAGUUGAGAUGAAUGUUGG